AUGGGUUCGAAAUUUUCUAAAGUCUCGAUAAAAUUCAAAAAUUCAAAUUCUUCGAAAAAUUUAUCAUCCCCUUCUCCUUCUAUUUCAUCAGAUAAUACUAUAACAACCCUUGCGACCCUUGCGAGCUCAAGUUCUGAAACGUUUAGAUUUGAAAACGGAAGAAGAUAUGUUGGUGACAAUACAUUUCGAUACCUUUUGCCGAACGAUGACGAAGAAAUUGAUCGUUUACAAUUACAGCAUUAUCUGCUUCGUUAUGUAUGGCAAAAUAAUUUUUCCUCACCGGUUAAUGAAAUCCUGUUAUCCGGUGCAGAUGUACUUGAUGUUGGCUGCGGGCCGGGUACAUGGAUUCUCGAGAUGGCUACCGAGUACCCUCAAUCCCGAUUUAUAGGAAUUGACAUUGCACCAAUAUUUCCUUCAGAGAUAAAGCCCUUCAACGCAACAUUUCAAAAGCUAGACGUUACAUAUCGUUUACCUUAUGAUGAUGAUACUUUUGAUUUUAUACACAUUAGAUUAAUGUUUGUAGCUUUACGUGAAAAUGAUUGGAAGGAAACUGUGUUUCCAGAAUUAUUUAGGAUUCUAAAACCGGGCGGGUAUAUUGAAUCGCAUGAAUUUGAUUUCAAUAUUGUUAAUUCAGGUCCUAAUAUGACGUGUUUGGUGAACGGAUUUGCUCAAUAUUUUAAAGGAGAAAAUGUAAACAUAUUUGUUUGUCCACUCAUUCCAGGAUUUCUACAAGAAGCCAAUUUUAUAAAUAUCAAUGUUAUCAAUCAGUCAGCUAAAUACGGUUCUUGGGAUGGAAGAUUUGGCAAGUUUGCCAUUGACGAUUUUCUUAUGUUGUUUCAAGCAGUAAAAUAUAAGCUUUGCCUUGUUAUGAAAAUCGAAGAAGAUGAAUAUACUGAUAUAUUAAGUAAGCUCGAAGAAGAAGUUAAUGAACACCAAACUUCCUAUAAAGUUUACAG